AUGAAAAGUGUUAUCCGAUUAGGGCUUUCAUCAAUUGUUGAUUUAUCUUCAGAGUUCGAAGAUGGAAUGUAUACGUGGUUUGGGCAAGAAUGGACAGAUAUUAAAAGAAAGGUCUAUGGGAUUGUUAACAUGGAACCAAAGUUCUUCGAAGAUGAGAUAAAAAAUGUUAUUGAUACUGUCGAAGAGGAAAGUAGUUUAUUGUCUUCUGCGCAUAUAUACAUUACUUCAUUACUUAUGUCUAUUUUUGAUAACUGGCAAGUAUUCCCAAAUAGUACAGCAAAUAAGCACGAUAUAUUUCUACGUGAACUCAGCGAGAUUGAAUAUGCAAUGGCUAUGAUUGCACCAAUACUAAAAAAUGUAUUUGAUGACACCUUUGAUUAUCUGGAACUUCGCUGGGGAGAAACAUUAUCUAAUUCCAUGUCCGAUCGUCGUCGAAAAAUCGAUUUGAGAAUUAUUCAUAAAGCCAAAAAACUUGAACUCAGCCAUACAGAAUGUGCCAAAGCUCCUACUCUUGGAAAAGCUGUACAGGAUCGUUCAAAAUGUUUACGAACAUUGAAAGGUAUUCUUGAUAAUUUCUUAAAAGAAGAUUUAUCGGAUGAAGAGGUUCAGGACUCAAAAAUAUUAGGCAUUCAAUUUGCUGGUUUGAAUGGGCAGAUAAUUGGAAUAGAUCUUCUAGAUGAUGGACUAUAUUUCGGAUUAGAGGAACCAACUUUUAGUUUUCCUGCACAACUCAUAAAUAUCAAAUGUCUUCGUGAUGCUCUGGAAGCUUUAUAUUUUUUCAAACAGGAAAUUGUUAAAAAAAUGAAGCUAAUACCUGAUCCAAAAAAGGUGAAUCACCCAUAUAAUCUGAUAUUUCACUCAAAUUCGGGUACUUUAAGAGAGGCAAAACAUUCCAAAAUUAAAUUUGUUCGAAAAACAUAUUUUACACCAAAAGAAAGAAAAAAUAGAAACGGUACUCAAGGUUCUAAU